AUGAUGAUUUGGACACCAGUAGAAUAUUCCGAACUUUUCGGUUCAAAUACGGAAAAUCUGACAAUUCCAAAAAUGUUUUUCCAAAAUACUUCGAACGUAGCUUUCUGGAGAUUCCAAGUAUUUUAUAAUUUCUCCUCGGAAAUCAUUGUCGGCACAUUCGAUAUCGAGAUUAAUAAACCGCCGACAAACGGCACUUGUUCAAUUCAACCACAGAACGGUACAAUCAUGACGUUAUUCACAAUCAAUUGUAGCGAUUGGUACGAUCGAGAUGGCAUCAAACAGAUGACGAUCUACAAUUCGAAAUUCGCCGUACUUGCUACAACAACAGAUGCAACUGCUCAACUUCGAUUGCCCAUUGGUCUUGACCAAGAUCUACACAUUCACAUCCAAGAUGCAUUCGAUUGUAUCGCUGAGUUCACUCUUUCAUCAAUCUUUGUUUUACCUGAUCUCGAGACACCAAACGAUACAUUCCAUCGAUUAUUUCCAUUCCUCGCUAAUAAUACUGAUCGAAAUGUAAUUACGCAGAUCAUCACAUCUCUUUCCGAGUUACUCAAUACGAUGAACGAUGUCAUUAACCAACAGGCUGCUCUAUAUGAUAUUUUACUCAUGGAUAUUUCAGUGACACCUUUAAUCACAACUAAUUCGUCUAAUCCAUUCGAGGAAAAUGUUUUCAAUAGAUCAAUCAUCACCGAAUUGAAUGAACACGCCAGUUUUCGUGAAGCUUUACUGGUAUUUCUCAACAAUCAAUCGACUACGACCAUCAAUGAUCUUCAAUUUCAAUCAUCAAUUCUUUCAAGUCUAACUACAGCAACAAAUGAGUUAACGAGAAAAUCUUCGAUUCUCGCAUCAACAAAAUGUCAACAACUAGCCGAGCAUUUAAAUCGAUUGUCUAAACAACUUCCAGUUGAAAGUGUUCGCCUCACAGCUACACAUCUCGCUGAAUGUUCUAUCAACGCUCUCACCGCGAGUCAUGCACCGUUAUUAUCACGUAUGAAAAUCCUCGAUUUGGACAUGGCUCGGACAGACGAGGUGUUAGAUCAAUGCCGUCAGACAGGUGAAUGCGAUUGGAUGGAUUCCAUGGCAACUCGCGAAGAAGGAAAUUCACACAUUCAACGGGAACUUUCCAAUGCAAUAUUUGAGCAAACAGUUAAUAUCAUAUCACUGUUGACUUCAUCACUUACGACUCAUUUGAAUAUCGAUCAAGCAAUCGAAAUCAAUAGUAGUUCAGUCUAUUUUUCAUUGGAGAAUGUUUUAUUUUCGUCCACGUUCAAACAUCUGAAGGGUCGCAAUAUUAGCGAGUUUCAAUCGGAAUCCAUCAAUUUGACUGAACCGAUUUACAUCCGGAAAAUCAUACACCCUCUCGCAUUUUCCAACCAAUCAAGCUUAACGUCUAAUACGAAUCUCUCGCGCAUGUUUUCUCUUUCGAUCAUCAAUCGAAAUGGAAGCACUGUAAAUGUCUUCAUCAAUGGUAAUGAUUCAUUCGAAUUCUUCAUUCUUCGCGAUCCGAAUAUGCCAGGACCAUCAAGAGGUCUACAAAAUGCUUUAUUAGUGAAUAGAAGAAAGUUAUUGUUCAACUACCAUUCCGUGGAUUUGAUAAAAUCAGAUACAAAUUUGACCUAUUCAAUUCAUUUGGAAAUCUCUCCUUUAAACAGAAAUCUUUCAUAUGUUUUAAUUUAUAAGUUUAAUGAACGACCACAAGUGGAGGAAUUCGACGGAAUGAAAAUUCUUUGCUACCAAGAUUUGAGGUCCAAUAAAAAUUAUACGCAUUUUAUUGAUAAUACUCAAACAUUGGAUCAUCAGUCGAUUGUUUACGGAAUACGAGAAUUAACUGUGACACAAAUGGAUCAAUUUUGUUCGAAUCAAACAUAUUCAAGUGAAGAUUUAUUGCUUUUCGACACACCUGUGGUGUUUUCGGAUAAUUAUGAAUUGUUGAUUUAUCAAGCUGGCUGCUUUUAUCUCGAUGACAACAAUAAUUGGCAAUCGAAUGGAUUGAUAGUUGGACCGUCAACAACUUUCUAUGAAACACAAUGUUUUACAACUGUGAUUGAGUGA